GCAGCUUGCUGGUUCUCCACCUGUAUUAUUGACUUGAACGACGACGAUGGCCGGCGCACUCCCAAACGCAAAACGGAAUCUUCCAAAGAUCGCAGAUGAGGAGCGCGAGUCUCGCUUCGGUCAGGUCUUCGGCGUGUCCGGGCCUGUAGUCAUAGCAGAAAACAUGACCGGGUGUGUCAUGUACGAGCUUGUCCGCGUCGGGCACGAUGAGCUCGUCGGAGAGGUCAUCCGUAUUGAUGCCGACAAGGCGACGAUCCAGGUCUAUGAGGAGACCUCAGGCGUCACCGUCGGAGAUCCGGUACUACGAACGGGGAAGCCGCUCAGUGUCGAGCUUGGGCCUGGUCUGAUGGGUAAUAUCGUUGACGGUAUCCAACGGCCAUUGCGCGCUAUUCAAGAACUUUCGAAAUCCAUAUAUAUUCCUCGUGGAAUCAACACUGAAGCGCUUGAUCGCUCACUGCAGUGGGAAUUCACUCCCACCAACUUCCAGGUCGGUGAUCAUGUCUCAGGCGGUGAUAUCUUCGGACGCGUAUACGAGAAUUCCCUCGUCGAUGCGCACAAGAUCAUGCUAUCUCCCAAAGCAAUGGGCACCAUCACACAUAUAGCAGAAAAGGGCAGCUACGCCGUUGACGAUAUUGUCUUGGAGACCGAAUUCCAGGGCAAGACCACAAAGCAUACAAUGAUGCAAUUGUGGCCGGUCCGUGCACCACGUCCUGUCGCAGAGAAGCACACGGCGAACUACCCCCUUCUCACUGGCCAACGCAUCUUAGACGCUCUAUUCCCAUGUGUACAAGGAGGAACUACCGCCAUUCCUGGCGCCUUCGGGUGCGGAAAGACGGUCAUCUCACAAGCCCUGUCCAAAUUCUCCAACAGCGACAUCAUCAUCUACGUCGGAUGUGGCGAGCGCGGAAAUGAGAUGGCUGAGGUCUUGAUGGAGUUCCCUGAGCUGACAAUGGAGAUCGGUGACCGCCAAGAGCCCAUUAUGAAGCGCACGACGCUCGUCGCGAACACAUCCAACAUGCCUGUCGCCGCUCGAGAAGCAUCUAUCUACACAGGAAUCACCCUCGCAGAGUACUUCCGUGAUCAAGGUACCAAUGUCUCGAUGAUGGCCGACUCGACAUCGCGUUGGGCCGAGGCGCUGCGUGAGAUCUCAGGUCGUUUGGCAGAGAUGCCUGCAGACUCCGGCUACCCCGCCUAUCUGGGUACCAAACUCGCCUCUUUCUACGAGCGCGCCGGAAAAGUUACUGCGCUCGGCAACCCUGUCCGCCAAGGCACUGUCUCUAUUGUUGGCGCUGUGUCGCCGCCUGGCGGUGAUUUCUCCGAUCCCGUUACGUCCGCCACGCUUGGCAUCGUCCAGGUCUUCUGGGGACUUGACAAGAAGCUGGCCCAGCGCAAACACUUUCCUUCUGUUAACUGGAACUUGUCGUACUCGAAGUACACGAAGGUGCUCGAGCCGCACUAUGAGAGCACAGAGCCUGGGUUUGUUGAGCUGCGCACGCGGACGAAAGAGAUUCUUCAGAAGGAAGAAGACUUGGCCGAAAUCGUGCAACUGGUCGGGAAGAGUGCGCUGGGCGAGAACGACAAAAUCACGCUCGAGGUUGCACGGAUGCUGAAGGACGAUUUCUUGCAGCAGAACGGCAUGAGCGAGUACGAUCGCUACUGUCCGUUCUACAAGACGAGCGCGAUGCUGCGCAAUUUUGUCGGAUUUCAUGACGCAGCGCUCAAGGCGGUCUCGCAGGGGGAUCUUACGUUCGCCAAGAUCAAAGACGCAGCAGGCGAUAUCAUGUUCAAGCUGUCGCAGAUGAAGUUCGAGUCUCCCUCUCAAGGGCAAGAAGCGAUCAAGCAGAAGCUCGACGGCCUCCACGCAGAAAUCCAAGACAAAUUCAGAACGCUGGUGGAGUGAGCGUAUGAAUUUGCGGCUUUCCGGCUUUUGGAUGAGACGACUGCAAUCUCGCAGCCUGACUGGCUGUAUCGGCGGCCAGUAAUGUGAUGAACGAGGACUUUUCGUUUGAAGAUGUGUAGUUUUCUACAUUAUACAUCCAUACCCCCCCCAUGUCGUGCGCUGUGUUGCGACGAGUGCUGGCGGUAGACUGUCCACGC